CUGUGGAAUGUAACCUGAUCUGGGCGUUUAAUCGUUUCGUGAUUCGGAAGAGGUUGUAAACAAUCAGGAAGUAUUUAUAUAUAGAUAAAGAUGGUGCUGACAUAAAUGAUGGCAGAAGGUGGACAUGAUGCUUAUAGAAGCAGGGAAUACAUACCCAUGUCAACAAUCAACCCAGGAUACGAGGAUAUCCAUGGCUACCCCAGUGAUUCACCCCCCAAUCUGCCGCCGAGGGGAGCAUUCAGGAGAGACAACUACCCUCAUAGGGAGUACAGGGAGGAUGACCUUGAGAUGAGGACCGAGGCAGACCUCCCGCAUAGAGGGAACUAUGGGACCAGUAUGAGCGGCAAUGGGUCUGGUACGGGCGGGAGAAACUGGGCUAGGGAGGAGACACCUCGAGACACAGCCAUCCUCCUGGAGUCUCUGCCGAGCAAACAGCUUGAGAAACUGGCAAGUGAGAUUGCACAUGGCAAUUCAUCAGUGCGGCGUAGAUCAUCCAAACGCAGAUCAUUACGAGGCAUUCACAUCCCAACCGGACAAAAUGUGUCUGAGGAACUGAUCCAGCAUUACCAGGAUGACCCGGACGCAGCCGGAUUAGACGACAGUGAACUCAAAGCCAUGACUCUAAGAAUGUCUGACAAACGUCGCAUCAGGAACGAAGUCACAUUAAAGCGUGAAACAUUAAAGCGUCAACAGCCAAAACUCUCGCGGUGGAAACAGUUCAAAUACAAUCUUAGUAUUCAAUGGAGGCACUUCAAGUACAGCAUUGCAGAAGUCGGCUACUUCUUCAAACUCUGGCGAGGUCACUUGAAGAAAAUCGAGGGUCACUUUGGUUCGGGCGUACUCUCCUAUUUCCUAUUCCUCAAGUGGCUGUUCUACAUCAACAUUCCUGUGUUUAUCCUCACGUUUGGCUUUGUGAUCCUUCCACAGAUUCUCUACGAACAUCUUGGACGUGGAAGUUCGGGGUCUACAAAUACAACGUUCAAAGGAUGGGAACUACUCACUGGUUCCGGUUGGUUUGAGGACACAGAGCUGUACUACGGCCACUACACCAAUACGACUAUCAAUCUAGUGGGUGAUUCCUACUACAACAUGAAGUAUGCAUAUCUGUUCACAUGCGGGGGAUACUACCUGCUCUGCCUGUUUAUCCUAGCAUUUAGUAUAUCCAAGUCCUACAAGAAGAACUACAUAGAGGGAAGCGGAGCGGCUGACUUCUACUACGUGAGCCGUGUGUUCUGUGGCUGGGACUAUGGAAUCACCGCCAAGAACUCUGCUGUUCUCAAACAUGUCGGCAUAUACAACGAGUUUAAGGAGUAUCUGUCCGGAGUGAAGAAGGAAGAGGAGGAGGAGGAUCUGUCAACACGCUGUAAGUGGUUCUGGAUCAGAGUCUCCACCAACAUCCUGGUCCUCGCCAUGAUAGGGGGCGCUGGCUACCUGAUCUACUACGUCUCGGACGUUCUACUAAGUCAGUCCAUCAAAGUGGACAUUCUGAUUUUAAAUGAGAUGGCUAUGCCCCUGACAGUGUCUGGGGUCAAUCUCAUCCUGCCGUUUCUGUUCUCCUUUGUGGCACGCUUUGAGGCAUACAAGCAACCAAAGAACCAGCUCUAUAUCAACAUGACCAGGACUAUGCUUUUGAAGGCUGCCACCCUGGGUGUUCUCGUGUACUUUUGGUAUCAACGGUUGGAAACUACUGUCUUGUGUCGUGAAACAUUCAUAGGACAGCAGAUCUACCGCCUUGUCAUUGUGGACUUUGUCUUCAUCCUGCUCACAACAUUCUUUGUAGAGUUUGUCAGAAGACUCAUGAAAGAGAAUUGUUUCAAGAGCUGGGGCUACCCGGAGUUCGAGAUUGGCAGGAACACCCUCAACCUUAUCUACUCCCAGGCUCUCUGCUGGUUGGGUACAUACUUUUCACCAAUGCUGUCCCUAAUCAUGAUAAUCAAGUUGUUUAUCAUAUUUUAUGUUAAAAGGUUCAGUGUGGUGAUGAACUGCAAGCCGUCGCUGCGUCCCUGGCGUGCAUCCAGGGCCCACACAAUUUUCCUCUCCUUCCUCCUCCUGUUCUACCUGCUCACACUGGGAGCCAUAGCCUACGCCAUCAUCUUCUUGAAGCCAAGCGAGAUGUGCGGUCCAUUCCGGCAGCAUAAGACAUCGUACGAGGUUGUGGUGCUGUUGAUUGACAGCUGGAAGGCAAAGUAUCCGGUCCUGGUGGACAUCAUCAGCUUUGUCUCAUCCUCAGGCUUUAUAGCCGCCACGCUGGGUGUCCUCCUGGUUCUUACAUACUAUAUGCGGAUAGUGAUGGUGGGACACAAGGAGAUGGUGAAGUUGCUGAGAGAUCAGCUCCUCAUGGAGGGUCGUGACAAGUCCUACCUCCUCAACAUGCUGCAGACAGCCCACAAGAAGGGCUCAGUAGGUGUCAGGAGCCCAGGUGGACAUCUCCUGUCUGCGGGCUCAGAGGCAUCGGGCGAGAUCACCACAUCCCCAGGAGGUCGACAGUUUGCCAAGACGCGUUUCAAUUCAGGAAACUCCCCAACCCCGACUCGACAGCGCCAUAGGGAGGGCAGCUAUGGGGCAGCAUCACCUUAGAGAGACAUGGUAGCAUGGCACAGUAUCAACUAAGAGAGCCAUGUUCACAACAUCAUCACCUUAGAGAGACACGUUCACAGCAGCUUCACCUUAUAGAGACCUUAAUAGAGAGAUAUGUUCACAGAAGCAUCUCCUCAGAGAGACAUGGUAGCAUGGCGCAGUAUCAACUAAGAGAGACAUGUUCACAGCAUCAUCACCUUAGAGAGACACGUUCACAGCAUCAUCACCUUAGAGAGACAUGUUCACAGCAUCAUCACCUUAGAGAGACAUGUUCACAGCAGCAUCACCUUAGAGAGACAUGUUCACAGCAGCAUCACCUUAGAGAGACAUGUUCACAGCAGCAUCACCUUAGAGAGACAUGUAUCAUCACCUUAGAGAGAAAAACAGUUUGAAGCAAGAAGAUCUUUGCUCUAAAUUAGAAUUUAUAGAUAAAAUCUGUAGAAUCUUCCAAAAAUGAUUUUUAAGGGAUGGUUUACUGUUAUAAUUUGAAAACCAUCGAUUGUUUAUAUUCAUUUUUUGCAACAGACUUGAAGGUUUUGUCCACCAGGAAAAUGUUUUCUUGAAAAAAAAGAGAUCUGUUAACAGUUUUACUUUUAAUUGAAAUAUUCUGUAAAAAUCUUAAAAUAUGAUAAAUAAAAAAGCAGUAUAGCAUUAAAUACAUGCAUGUUGUAGAAAACAAGUCCUGCUAGUGACCCGCUGUGAAACCAGCCAUGGGACCAGCCAUGGGACCAAGGAUGAACGUCAUCAUCUGUGCCUUCAUGGCACAUAAGUAGUUCAUUAUGGAUAAACCUGAUCAACACUUGAUAAUUGUAGAAAAGAGCAAAUUUACUUUCAAAUGUGUUUUGUGCUUUUUAAAUUGAAACCUGAUUUACAUACAUUGGACCAGAAUGAUUUUCCAAUCUUGUUUUUGGUUAUAAAAGCUUGUUUACAUGGCACAAGUGUGUUAUUUACUAUUGUUUGAAUGCAAUUUGGGGUAAAAUGGGCCAAAAAGUACCUGUAGGCUGUCAAGGACUAACUGACUUAUUGUCACAAUUCUCUAUGUAUUAUAAAUAGUUUUUGGAACAUUAGAAGAUUUUUGUCAAAGCUAAUUGUUGAUGGCUGUGAUUUGUUGCUGGGUGUGAGUUUAUUUUUUUGUUUCUUUUAAUGUUUUUUUUCUAUUGCAGAUAUGUAAAUAUGCAACAGCAUGUGUUCAAGUUCACAUUUUACUUUAUAUGCCAUGUAUGGUUGCUUCACAAUAAAAAUGCACAUUUGAAUGUUGUCAAUACUGGUGAAAAAAUAAGCACUAUGCUUUGAAUAUGUUUAAUAAUAAACUGACAUAAAAUAUGUGUAAGUUCAUAUAAAGUGCCUGAUUUUGGUCAGGGAUACAACAUCAAAUUUAUUUGAGUCUAUUGUCAUGUUUCUUGUAUACAAGCAUUUUUUUAGUCUUUGUUAUUUGGUUUAAUUAUCAUUUUUAAUGAGAGUUUUUUUGCAAAUAGAUAAAGUUUAGCCAUAUAUUGAUAUAUAGAAAUAACAUUUUUAGCUCGACUAUUAUAUAUAAAAUAUAUAUAGUGGAGCUAUCCUACUCAACCCGGCGUUACCGUUAGCGUCUGCGUUAGCGUUAGCGUGCAAAUGUUAAAGUUUUCGUACUACCCCAAAUAUUUUCAUUGUGCCUUGACAUAUUGCUUUCAUAUUUUGCAUACUUGUUUACCAACAUCACCCCGACCUAUAAACAAGAGCAGACAACUCUAUCAAGCAUUUUGUCAUAAUUAUGGCCUCUUUUCCACUUACAAUAUGCAGCAAAAGUUAAAGUUUGCGUACUACCCCAACUAUUUUCGAUGUCCCUUUACAUAUUGCUUUCAUAUUUUGCAUACUUGUUAACCAUCAUGACCCCAACCUAUAAACAAGAGCAGACAACUCUAUCAAGCAUUUUGUCAUAAUUAUGGCCCCUUUUCCACUUAGAAUAUGCAGCAAAUGUUAAAGUUUUCGUACUACCCCAUUUAUUUUCAUUGUCCCUUGACAUAUUGCUUUCAUAUAUUGCAUACUUGUUUACCAACAUCACCCCAACCUAUAAACAAGAGCAGACAACUCUAUCAAGCAUUUUGUCAUAAUUAUUGUCCCUUUUAUACUUGCAAUAAUACUUAUAAUAUGCAUAUUAUUGAUAAAUCUAUGUUAAAGUUUGCGUACUACCCGAAAUAUUUCCUAUAUCCUUUGACAUAUUGCUUUUAUAUGUUGCAUACUUGUUUACCAACAUGACCCCAACCUAUAAACAAGAGCAGACCACUGUAUCAAGCAUUUUUACAUAAUUAUGACCCUUUUAACACUUAGAUAAUUGAACAUUUUGCUUAAAUUGCCAUAACUUCUUUAUUUAUGAUCACAUUUUAUUAUUACUUUUACAAAACAACACUUACCUGAAUACCACGCCCCUACCCAGAAUCCCUCCCCUCCCCCAACCUCCCUAAAAAAAAAUUUUAUUUUAUUUUUUUAAACAUCAUCUAAUAAAUUACCACACCCCGCAUUAUACCCCCCCCUACCCCCCCCCCCCCAAAAUUU